AUGGACACUUUAACCACGGACGGUACCGAAUUCUGGCUCUUUGGAUACGGCGAGGACCACCGCGGCACGCCCGAAGCCCCAGGGAGAGUAGUAACCUUGAUUGAGCGCUCAUAUUGGGGAAACUUGGCAGACCAUCAUAAUUCUGCUCCUGAAAAGGUUUGGGGCGUUGCUUACCGGAUAAAGCCUGACAAAGUAUCCGAAGUCAAGGAUUACCUGGACAUCCGCGAGAUCAACGGCUAUUCGAUCCAAUAUGCCUCCUUUCACCCAUGCAAUCAUGAGACUACCAUCCGAACUCUUGUGUACAUUGGCACGCCUGACAACGAGCAGUUCGUCGGAGCGCAGGAGCCCCAGGCUCUCUCUGCACAUAUAAGCAGGAGCCACGGACCCUCUGGGCCCAAUAUCGAAUAUCUCUUUAGCCUCGAGGCUGCACUGAAUGAGCUGGGCCCAGAGGCAGAGGACGAACAUAUCUCAGACUUGUCAAGUCGAGUGAGAAAGAUACUAGGCCUCCCAAGCGUCCCUGCAAGUAAGAUUGUAACCGCGCUCGAGGUGGUGCCAGGAGUUUCGGGCGAGCAUGAAAAGUUUAGACAGGAGCAUAGCACCGAGGAACUAGAAGAGGCCGAAAAGCAUUCUUAG